AACAGGAGCGCUGCUGAGGCGCACCACACCACUUGUUGCUGAUGAACAGCAGUGGGCUUCACCCCCACAGUUCCACCCGUUUAACGCCACCAGGAGAAGGGAAGAUGAGAGCAGCGUGCGUCUGGUUGUCCGCGCUGUUCUGGGUGAGCAGUGCGGGACGCACGCUUAACGACUCCUCACUUCUUCCAGGGGAGGACGUGUUGCUUCACACGGAGAGUUUGGGGAAUGUUUCGGGACAGUCUGGGAAUCGGAGCUCGGGCUUUUUCCUCCUGGACUUUGAUGAAGGGCUGCUGGAGGACUGGCGCUCUUUGGCCAACAAGAAAAGGAGCGGGAAGGAGUCUCAGGACGGCAGGGUGAAGGCGCUGCUGGUGGCCGCUUACUCUCUGAUCAUCAUCGUCUCUCUGUUCGGGAACACGCUGGUGUGUCAUGUGGUGGUCAAAAACAAGCGCACCCAGUCCUCCACCAGCCUGUUUAUUCUAAACCUGGCUGUGGCUGAUAUCUUCAUCACGGUCCUCAACACACCUUUCACCCUGGUUAGAUUCGUGAACAGCACCUGGGUGUUUGGGAGGAUAAUGUGUCACAUCAGCCGUUUUGUGCAGUACUGCUCUCUGCACGUCUCCACUCUCACCCUCACCGCCAUAGCUCUGGACCGACGACAGGUUAUUUUACAUCCUCUAAGACCACGCAUGACUCCAGCACAGGGUGGUGUUUGGGUGGCUGUCAUCUGGGUAAUGGCCAGCUGCUUUUCCCUCCCACACGCCAUCUACCAAAAACUCCUGACUUUCUCCUACAGUAAGGAAAAAGAGCGAAGCCUGUGUGUGCCAGACUUCCCAGAGCCAUCAGACGUCUACUGGCAGUACAUUGACCUCCUGACCUUCAUAUUGCUUUACAUGCUGCCGCUGCUCAUCAUCACUGCCUCCUACACCACAAUGGCCCGUCGGCUGUGGCGCCACAACGCCAUUGGCGACACGACGACAGCCCAACACGCCACCCGGAGAAAGAAGCGCCGCCGCACGCUGGCCAUGCUGCUCCUGGUUGUGGGGGUGUUCGCCGUCUGCUGGUUUCCCCUCAACUGCUACGUGGUGCUGCUCUCCAGCCAGGCCAUCCAGUCCUCCAACGCUCUGUACUUCUGCUUUCACUGGCUCGCCAUGAGCUCCACCUGCUACAACCCUUUCAUUUACUGCUGCCUGAACCCCACCUUCCGCCAGGAGCUGCGCCUCCUCCUCGACAGGUGCCAGUGGAGGCGGAGAGCGGCGGUGGUGUCGGCGCCGGAGCAUCGCCCAGCAGUCGCGUGUGCUCCCUGCCACCGAGCCGCCUGGCCUGACAACAAUGAGUCCUCGAGGCCGAGCAACGCCCUGCCGCAGCUGAGUCAGGACUCGCUGCAGCAGAGCCACGCUUCGUCCAGUCAAUCACACAACAUGAAAGAUGCACAUGUGCUCUUCACGGCCAGACAGGCCCUCACUGGGAGGACUGAUAUCCUCUCAGUGGAGCCCAUCGUGACUGAGAGAUAACCUGGAUUCAUUUUGGAAAAUAUUCUAAAAGAAGUAGUAAACAUGAGAAGAAGAGGCGUUUGGCUGGUCCAGCGCUGCAGGGUGAGAGAUAAAAGCUUUCCUGAAGACUUUAAAAAGCAAAUUCUGUGACAGCUUUUCUUUAAAAGCUCAUAAAAUGACAGCCUCAUUGUCUUUAUGAGCUUUUUUCACUCUGCAUUUGCCACUGUCAUUUCCUUUUGUCACAAAUUGCAUAUCUGCAGAAAAAAAAUCUAAAUGGAGUCCAUUGAGAAGAUUUUCAAUUUAAAAGCUUUGUGAUUGUUUCCAAGUUCCUCAAAAAAUUGAGCUUCUUUAGUGGACUUAGCUUACAUUUCGUUGUUUGAACCUUUUUAUUGUUUGUCUACUUGAAGCACAUCGGUCUUCUUUUAGAGAGGCUUUAAUUCAAUUUUGCACAAACCAGACUGCUGAGCCGUAAAUGACACAUUUUUGUGAAUUUUCAGCAUUCAUAUGUAAAUUCUUGUGUCCUCCUGAGAAUGUGCAGGGAGGGUUUUACAAUGUCAUUUAUUACUUAGUGUCGUAAAAUGACACCUGUUUAAAGGUAUAGCAGAGGAUCGUGUUCUUCCGAGUGGAUCAUCUGAACCUUUGCUCCACAUAGCUGUCAAUCAUUCUGGUGAAGCUUUCACGCAAGGCCGACGUCGUACGGGCUCCUUCCUGGACUCGUUUUCACUUCCUGUGCAUGUGCAUUCUGUUUAUGUGUAGAGCAAUACGCAAUAUGGGUUUCUUUGAAAAUGGCAGUCGGAAGGGAAAAGUGCCUGAAGUGUUUUUAGGAGACUCUUUUCAACGAAGGUUGGGCUCCCCACAGACGCCUCAGUUGCUAGUUUUCUGCUCGACAGGUAAGCUAAAGUUCGGCAUGCUAUUUGGAGAAAUCAGUUUCAGAUUACUGCUAGAAGAAGUUAGCUGCAAGGCCAGAAGCUAUUUGUAAACAGUGUGAGCACAAGGAUAACGGAGCGUUCUCUCUCAUGCACACUUUUUUUAAACGUCGAGAGGGCAGUUAUUUCCAGAAAGUCAGAAACAUCCUCCGCCAUACCUUAAAGUCAUUUUACUAAAAUCCCAGUUUGCAGUCAUCUUUCGCCUCAUCUUUGCUGUUCCAAAGUUUCUUUGUUAUUGUGUUUUGGCUCCUCUGAUAGAAGACAAAUCAGAUGGAAAUCUGACUGUCUUGAUUACACUGUGACCAUUUUGGAUAUUUACAGAAGGACUUUUUUUCACCAAAUCAUUCCUAAUACCUCUGUCUCUGUUUGCACAAAUUGUACAAAAAUCUGAAUGCAACCAGCCUGACUUCUACUGUCUGUCACAAGAAGAGCUUUGGUGUUUUUUUCCAUCCUGUUGUGAUUAUUUAUUUUAAAUUCUGAUCACGAUGAACAAGAAAUGGACCUGAACCACAAGUCCCAACAUGUUUCAUUUACACAUGUUCAGGUCUGCCUUCUGUCGUGAUGAGGCUGUUAUUGAACUGUUUAGAAGGAGGAGGGAAGGACACUGGUGAAAGCAAGUGCAAACCAUCAAUCAGACAAUAUAGCAAAUGUUUUCAUUCAAAGGUGUCAGCACACGAAGACAGAAACACAAUUGUUAUUAUUUGGCUUUUUAAAUCUCCUCCCACAGCUUUGAAAAACAAAAUCAUUAAUAAAAAACAAAAAAAUUUAACUCUGCAACUCAACCAGAAAUAAGGAGCCAUAAUAAUGAGUCAGAGAUGCAUUUAAAGCUGGGGUCCAUAGUGUGGCGUCGUCAAGUAGAGGAGAAUAUUCUCCCCUGAGCACAAGUCUUCUUGUGCCUUUUAUAGGUGCUGCCUGUUUAGUCAUAAUGAGGCUAAUCUAGUGCAGCUAGCGACACUUUCCUAGGUGCUGAUCUGCAUGGGGCACAUCAAGUGGGAACUGCUGAUGGUGCUAAACUCGGCGCAGAGCUGCAAGCAGAAUAACGCAGGUGGUGUCCCCAAACACAGACGACGGCCAUAACACUGAUAUUCGUUCUUGUAUGACUAGCAAAGGUUUCAGAUGCUACAUCUGACUCUGAUGAAACACUGUCAUCUGCCAUUGUGCUAAUGCUGAAGAAACAGCAGAUACAUUUUGUUUACAAUAGCUUUGUUAGGGAAUCCCCCGGUAUGACAUAAGCAUCAGUGUUGCGCCAAGACCACAGGCUAACUUAUUCUUUUUUACUGCGGUCUUUAAAAAACUUGUGUUUUAAUACUUUUUAGAUAUGCCAUUCAAAGAAAAUGUACCUCUGGCUAGUAGCUUUAAAUACAAUCUGCAGUGUUCAAGCUGGGAAACAUCUAAAAUGUGCAGAAAUCUGGCACUCGUGAUGCUAGCACAUCCCUGCUAAUGCUAAAACAGGCUAAGACUAUAGUCCAAUGUAUAGUUAUUCCUUUUCCACAGUUAGCUUAAAGUUUACAGACGGACAUGAAUUCAGUCCAGGUUGAGUUAGCAUUAAAGCUAGGUCAGUUUGCUAAGGUGAUUGCGUGUCACCCCGCAGUGCAUGCUAGGACCUGGGGCGCAUUCUCGUUGACUGACAGCUCCCUCUUUUUGAUACACACUUCUAUUGUUCAAUGCCAUAUCUUUGUUUUGCUUUAGAGACCAGGGGAGGGAAAUAUAAUUAACAAAAGAUUGUUUAUGCCACAGAAUGAGGUCAGAUAGUUCAUUAUUUAAGUGACUGUGGUUUUUAGGCUGAAAAAUUAAUUUUUAAAGAAAAUGCACCAAAAUGCUAAAAUAAUGAAUACACACAUUUAAAACACUAUUAGACACUCAUUUAUACAGUUCAUCA